AUGACGGAGCAGAAUUUGGAAUCAAAACUAUUUGCGAGAGCGAUAAAAAGGGUGCAAUUUAAUUUAAAGCUGUUAGACCUGCAAUUGGAUGAAAACACCGAGACAAAAUGUGUUUGGAAAAACAUUCGAAAUAAGUGGCUCUUUUGGUUUAAUGUGAUUUUAAUGAACAUCGCCACUAUCGGAGAGGUUGCUUGGCUUAUAGAAGGGGUAUCGACGGGAAAAAGUUUUAUUGAUCUAGCCUACCAGGCACCCUGCCUAACCUUUUGCAUCGCGUGUGACAUUCAAUGCGCAUAUUUCGUUCAUCACAGAAACAGAAUGCUUGAGCUCAUAACAUCCAUACGUACUCUUCAAUCGAUGUCUACGGAGUUAGAAAAAACUGAUGUAACCAUUUUGAACGGUCAAGUGAAAAUAUUUUACAUAACUGUUAACACUUUGACCCUCAUGAAAUGUUUAGCAUUGUCCUCGUUCGGGUUAAUCCCUUUUCUUACGCUGUACUGGUCUUACCAACGCACUGGUGAAGUAGAGCUGGUGUUGCCGUUUUAUAUUGCUUAUCCUUUUGAUGCGACUGAUGUUCGUUUCUGGCCUAUCGCUUAUAUACAACAGAUAUGGGCAGCUUUAUUGGCCUGUCUACUUCUGUUGACUCCCAGUUUCCUCUGUUACGCCUGCUCUACAUUUAUAAUUUUUCAAUUUCAUUUACUCAAAAAGAAUUUGGAAAACAUAAUACCUUAUGAAGACAAUUUAGCUACAUAUAUUAUAAACAAGGAUCUGAAGACUGAGUUUAUGAAGAUUAUUAAUCGUCAUAGAAAACUGAUAAAGUGUGUAGAUUUAAUGAAAGAAGUGUAUACUGAGUCUAAUUUGUUUAAUAUUAUAUUUAGUUCAAUACUAAUAUGCCUCACCGGUUUUAAUGUAAUGGCAAUCGAAGAUAUAGCUUUGGCUGUGCCUUUCUUGCCAUUUCUUUUGAUGGAUUUGUUACAGAUAUUUUUUAUCUGUUAUUAUGGUGAUAUGAUUAUGACAUAUAGUACAAGUAUUAGUGAUGCAGUUUACAAAUGCCAGUGGUACAGAGCAGAAGCGGCCAUUCUAAAAGAUUUACUGUUCCUAUCUUUGAGAGCUCAGAAACCGUGCAUUCUCACAGCGCUGCAAUUUUCCGAUAUGAAUUUUAAAACGUUUACAAGAAUAUUAAGUAGUUCUUGGUCAUAUUUUGCACUGUUAAAGUCCAUAUAUCGUAAUUGA